GUAUCUAUUAUUAUUAGUAGAAAGAAAGAUGGCAUUGCAAAAUGAUGAGCAAUAUUGUAGAGAUUUGCUUCAUUCUCAAGCUCACAUAUGGAGCCACAUCUUCAGCUUUAUAAAGCCCAUGUCACUCAAAUGUGCCAUUCAGUUACAAAUACCGGAUAUUAUCAAUGACCAUGGUGCACCAAUGUUGCUUUCCGAGUUAGUAGACGCGCUUUCUAUUAACAAAGAGAGAGCCCCUUUUGUGCAUAGACUUAUGCGUAUCCUUGUCCACUUAGGUUUCUUUGUCAAACAAAACAUAGGCAAAACUCGAAAUGAUGAAGAGGGAUACAAUGAGGAAAGUGAAGGCUAUUUGCUAGCUCCUGCUUCUCGGUAUCUUCUAAAGGGGGAGCCGUUGAGCUUGAGACCCUUUUUGCUAGCCAUGUUGGAUCCAAUACUAGUGGAUCCAUGGCAAGACAUGAGCAAAUGGUUCAAAAAUGACGAUCUCAACCCUUGUCACACAACUCACGGGAGGACGCUUUGGGAACUUGCAGGCCAUGAGCCGGCCGGUCUCAACCAUUUCUUUAAUGAAGCAAUGGCCAGUGAUUCAAGGCUUGUUACAACUAUCAUUCUUAAACAUUGCACAAGUGUUUUUAAAGGGUUAAAUUCAAUUGUUGAUGUUGGUAGUGGUACUGGGACCGUUGUCAAAGCCUUUGUUGAAGCUUUCCCAAAUAUUAGUUGCAUUGGUUUUGAUCUUCCUCAUGUUAUUAAGGGUUUGGUAGGAAGUAAGAAUUUGAGUUAUGUUAGUGGAGACAUGUUUCAAGCCAUUCCCAAAGCCGAUGCAGUUUUGCUAAAGUGGAUAUUACAUGAUUGGAGUGACCAAGAGUGCAUAAAGAUAUUGAAGCAAUGCAGAGAGGCGAUUUCAAGCAAGGAAAAUGGAGGAAAACUAAUCAUCAUAGAUAUGGUGGUAAAGGAUAACCCGGAGGACAACCAAUCCUUCGAGAAUCAACUUUUCUUUGAUAUGCUUAUGAUGACUGUUGUAACGGGAAAAGAAAGGACCGAAAAGGAGUGGGCACAACUCUUCCUUGAUGCUAGUUUUAGCCAUUAUAAAAUAUUUCCGGUUUUGGGGUCAAGAUCUCUUAUUGAAGUUUAUCCCUAGCUAAUUAAGUUGCAUUGGUUUCUAUGUGAAACAUUCAUUUGAAAACAAAAUUUUAUGUGAAAAUUAAAAAAUUGGUUAAAACACACAGUGAUCUGAAUGUAACACAAUGUCUUUCUAUUGUGUUUUCUAAAAAAACAAUGUCACAAUGUGUUUUUAUUGUGUUUUUGAUAGCACGUGAAAAUCAAAAAAU